CUUUGAUGCUAUAGUAUUUCGAUAAAUUUAUUUAACGUAGUUAACCUCCGUUUCUUACUGGUCUAGCCUAUACUGCCCGCCGCCCGCGUCUCUCUCGUUACUCCUCCCUCCGCUACACCCGCCGCCAGUCCUGCCCUGGCGCCGCCGUGACAAGCCUUAGCUAGCAAAGGCGAUAGCCAUGGCGAGCCCUGGACGGAUCGAGCUGGACAAGCUGAGCGUGGAGCAGCUCAAGGGGCUCAAGGAGCAGACGGAUCUGGAGGUCAACCUCCUCCAGGACAGCCUCACCAAGAUCCGCACCGCCACCACCCGACUCGAGAGCGCCUCCGCCGCGCUCCAGGACCUAUCCCUCCGCCCCCACGGGAAGAAGAUGCUCGUGCCCCUUACGGCUUCUCUCUACGUUCCCGGCUCUCUGGACGACGCCGAGAAGGUCCUCGUCGACGUCGGCACCGGUUACUUCAUCGAGAAAACCAUGGCUCAGGGGAAAGAAUACUGUGAAAGGAAAGUUAAUUUAUUGAAGUCAAAUUUUGAUGAACUGCUUGAGGUGGCUACAAAAAAGAAAGCCAUAGCAGAUGAUCUGGGUAUGCUACUACAAGCCAAGCUGAGGCAAGCAUCGCCUGGCCCGAGUUCAUGAGAGCUAGAUGCACACCUAGCCAAGCUGAGGCAAGCAUCACCUGGCCCUAGUUCAUGAGAGCUGGAUGCACACCUUGUAUGAUUCCUUGUUGGAUGAAUGUAUCUUCUAGUUUGUGGCAUCAAGGGAACAUAUUUUAGUUUGUGGCAUCAAGGGAACACAGGAUUGUCAUGGUGGCAGGGUCAUGGAUAAUUUGUUGAACAUGCCGCAUCAAACAUCAUAGAGUAAAGAGUACUUUGACGUUGGUAUCGAGCACACAUUUAGUAAUUUUGAUCUGAAGUUUGAGUCACGCAGCGUAGAUUUUUUUUUGGCUGCUUCUGUCGCACAGCAGUCUGUAUGAUCAUCAUUACUGUGCCUCCAGUGGUUGAUUUUGUUUCUAUUGCUGCCCAUAGAACUUUCAUGA